CUCUAUAGACGUUCCACGGUAAUAGUCGUCGUAAGCUUAUCAAAAGCAUAGACGCUUUUUGUUGUCGAACGGAAAUAUUUCUGCUGUUCAAUUUAGCUAUUGUCAGCGCUUACAAUAUAGCGAUAAAAAGUCGAUUUAAUUGUUUGUUUCAAAUGAUUUUUGUGUGCCGUGACUAAAACAAUUUCUAGUACAAGAUAUCUAACGUAGUGUAAAAAAAGAAAGCAAAACAAACCAAACACACAACAGAAAAUCCUCAGUGAUCGUCAUGCCACAAAGCUCAACAAAUUGGUGCUUUAGUCGAAAUGCAUAUACGAACCGCAAGCCGCAGCGCCAUCUGCCGACAUUGCCGGAUUGUCUCCUGCCAGCUGAUAAGGAAUAUGAAAAGCACGGCAAAAGCAGCUGGCAACGUCAGAAGAUGGACGCUGAAAAGCAGGAAGCCAGGAAUUUGCAGGUGGAGUUUGAGUGGGUACUGCGUGAAGAAGUGCAUGCGAUAUUAAAGCAAUUGAGGAAGAUAUUGGUGGAAUGUGCCCAUCUUUUCCCCGUGCCGUUGUAUUCAAAUGAGGGUAAAAAGACUGAAAAAUACAUUAUGACUGUGGCGCCGGAAAAACUUCGUGCUAUUGUGACACUCACGGGUGAUAGCAUCACACAUGCAGAUAUUAGCUUUAAGCUUGCGCGUCCACCUCAUCAACAACAAAAAACGUGCAUUAACCAGGACUCGCCGUGGAAGCUACAGCAGGUCCAGGAUGCGGCCAACCAUCUUCAGCAAGCAAUAAAUCAUAUCGAUGAUGUAGAUGCCACCUACCAUUUCAAAACGUCCGACGAAGUAAUGAACGUGGUUGGUAACAUAUUGGAGGCGAUGCAGCGAGCACGAACCAGUUUGGUUAUACCGAAAAAGAAACCUAUUGCCGAUCUGAUUAAAAGUCGCAACAUGAAAGCGCUGGCCCCCAAUUUGUCCGAAGACUUAGCCGUCAGCUUUUACCUUCAGAGCCAUAAACUGAUUAUGGCCGUUUAUCAACUCAUUACUGUUCAGGGAACAAUGCGUUUUGAUUCAUGUCAGGCUGAAACGACCGUGCAAUGGUUGAAUGACGUCAUGCCAGUGCUCUGCGCGGGUCUUAAACUCUGCCAACAACUUAAAGACAAGAUAUCUGUGUUCUCCGUGUACAAGGAUUUUACUGUUGAGUCCCGUUCGCCAUCGGCGCUUUCCUACUGACAUACGCAGCGUUAAUACUAAAUGCGUAAGAUACAGUGGCAGAAAAACGAUCAUAAAUUAAAAAUCAUACUCGUCAGUAAAAAUUAGCAAUAUUCUGCUCUUUGAAAUACCGUGUACAUGUGUAUUUGCUUGCUACAUAGCUGUUUGUACGAAAAUGUUCGAAUAUUUGAUGCAUUUAUUUUAUGCAAUUGCGUACACGAGAUAACUAAGAAAGAAACAUACACAAAGUCACUCACAUCGAUACACAGACAGUGCACAAAGGACUACUAUUCUUAAAACCAAUCAAACAGAAUUUACAUGGAAUGGCAUUGUUAGCUUAUUUAAGAGAUACUUAUGCAAUUUUAAAAUACCUGCAUAUACCUUCAUACAUUCGUAUAUUAAAUGUAUGAGCUUAGCUAUAUAAUAUUAAUAAUUAGUUGAUUAUUUCUUUAGUUUAAUCCUUAUUUUAGUUUGAAUGAUAUUGGAAUUCUUUAUAUACCGUGACAGUACUUACAAUUUACUCACCGUCUAGAAGAGUUAAAAACUAGCUGUAAAAAUUACCAUUCAUGCCUUUGUGCUUAAAAAGCUCUAAAGAAAAAAUCGUGAAUAAAAGUUGCCUUUAUUUCCAGCCUUACGGUUGAAGAAAUCACA